GAAAAGGCCGCCGUGGCCCGGCCCCAUCGCCCUGGCCGGGACGGCACCGCCCCAUUGCUCCCCCCUUCCCCUCUCCCUCUUUUGCCCAUCUCCUCUCCCCCACCGAGCGCGUCCUCUCCCCGCCGCUUGCCCAGAUGCUGCGCAAGGUCCUCCAGACGCUCUGCGUCGUUGCCAUCGCCCUCGGGGCGAUGGCUCUCGCCCACGAUUUCCACGAUGUCCUGAAUGGCGAGCCCCACUGCGGUACUCCCGUCAUCUCCGAGCGCGAUGCCGACCAGGUGGACCAGAUCGUCGCCCGCUUCAAGAGCAUCAUCUGCAACAACGCCGAGCCCGGCACCGUGCGCAUCUGCGAGGAUGUCCACGUCCGUGCGACCAAGUUCGAUCCGAUCACCAUCCCGGUCAACUGGCAUGUCUUCUAUGACAGCGCCACCGGCGGCGGCAUGAAUGUCACCACCGAGAUGAUCGACCACCAGACCGACAUCAUGAACGAGGACUUUGCCGGCCUCAACCCCGGCGGCCCGGGCGGCUACCACAGCACCUCCUUCCGCUUUGAGGUUGCCAACGUCAACUUCGUGGACCACUCCAACUGGUUCCACAACAUGAUUGCCCGUGAGAAGAUCUACAAGAAGCAGCUGGCCAACAGCACCGACACCCACCUGAACAUGUAUGUCGGCGAGAUGCGCGGCGGUGUCCUCGGCAUGUGCUACUUCGCUUUCAUGUACCCGGCCGACAGCCACAUGCACGGCUGCCUGAUCCACCACUCCUCCAUGGUUGGCGGCGGCCAGACCAACUACGACAACGGCCAGACUUGCACCCACGAGGUGGGCCACCACAUCGGGCUCUACCAUGUCUGGCAGGCCAAGUGCUCGGAGCGCAGCGACCGCGUCGAGGAUACCCCCCCGCAGAAGACCAACUCCCGUGGCUGCCCUUCCCCGGUGCCGGAGUCCUGCACCCCGGGCCUGUAUGACAACAUCCACAACUUCAUGGACUACUCGGAUGACAUCUGCCGCUGGGAGUUCAGUGCCGGGCAGUCGCAGCGCGCCGAUGAGAUCAUCACGGUCUUCCACCCGGGGUACCUGUCGCAUGCCGAACGGUCGGCCAUCCGUGUGGCGGCCGAUCGUGCCGGGCUGGCCGACGCCUGGGCCGAGGCCGGGCGCUUCCAGAGCCGCUUCGCCGCCCGCGAGGCCGAGUGGACCCAGUUCCUGUGAAGGGCCGGCAUGCCUGUGGGCGUGUAUGCCUGAAAAGGGGGGUCGAAGGGCUUCGCAGGCAUUCCCUCUCCGUCUGCGAGAGUGUCCAUGCGUAUGACCAAGCACAGAGUCCCCCCCCCCCCCCCACCGCAC